UGACGCGCGACUCCGUGGCCCAUGCGCGCGCGGGACAGUGACGGACGGACGGGCGGGCGGCUGCAGGAUGCGGUGGCGCGCUCGGUGUUCUCCGGUGUGCGGAUGCUCUGCAGGCACCGAACACACCGCACAAUGACUCGGUAGAGUCGCCUUUUCUCACGGUUUAUCCUUCAGUCUUGAGUAAUGGCGAUGGACGCGCCCGCGGUGAAGCAGAGCGCGCCGGUACCGGACAUCUGCCCACUGGACCGGUACGAGCCGAGCCAAGCCAAGACCCGAGCCAGCCUGAGCUGGCUGCUGAGCCGAAGCGGACCUGAAGAGAGCGUGUCGUCAGCGGUGUGUGCGGACGGCUCAGUGUGUGUGUCCCUGCAGCGCCGUCUGCUGUCCGCUGAGCUGUACUGUCGUGUGUUCUCGGGUGUGUGUGUGUCCGCUGGGGGCGUGGCUCCGGCAGAUCUGCCCUCCCUCCUGCUGCUGCUGGACCGCCUCCACCUGACGCCGUCGGCCAAUCAGACGCAGCUCAGCCAGACGCCCAUACACAUGGGGGCUCAUCUGGCUCUCAUUGAUUCGCUGAUGUCACUGAGCGCCAUGGAAACGGUUGCCCGGGUGAAGAUGGCGAAGGAGACGGAUCAGUUCGGCUCAGGAAAGAGCUGGGAAAACUCUCUGCUCUUCUGGAUCAACAAGGUCAAUCAGAAGCUGCGGGACAGUGCUGAUGUGGAGGAGAAUGUGAAGCCAAACACCUGCACAGACCUGCAGCCGGUGCAGCCCACGUGUCCUCAGCGCUGGUACUGGAAGCUGGUCCCUCAUGCCAUCGCAUUUUGUUUGAAGGAGUCUGGGAAUAAACCUCCAGUGAUCCGUUACAGGAAAGACAAGGUUCAGUCUAAGCAGAGUCCGGUGUUCUCUGUGGUGUCUGGAGUGAAGGAUCUCUCCAGCGGCUGCGCCAUCGCUGCUGCGCUUCACUUCUACUGCCCUCAGAUACUGCCGCUGGAGGACGUGUGCUUGAAGGACACCAUGUGUGUAGCAGACAGUGUGUAUAAUCUCCAGCUGAUCCGAGAGUUUUAUAGAACUCACCUGAAGAGCUGCUGCCCCCUACAGCUGGAGGAUUUACUGUACGCCCCGCCCAUUCUGCAGGUGAACAUUAUGUGCUUCCUUUCUGAGCUGUUUGCCACAUUCGAGGUGCAGAAACCAGAUUUCGUCAAACCCAUACACACACUGGACCUAACAGAUGCAUCAGAUCUGGUGGACUGCACUAGUCCCAUCAACUGCAACAGUGGCUCCCCAUCUUUCCUCCUGAAGCAGUCUCUGCCUCAGUCCACCUCAGUGUCGGAAGGACGGGGAUGGAGCAAAAAGCAAAUAAGCCGUCCUCUCUCGGCGGUGACCUUCAGCAUCCCGUUUCCGCUGGACAGUGAUGUUGAUGUUGUCAUGGGCAACCCUCUCUUCCGCUCUGUCAGCACGGACAGUCUCACUAUGGUAACCAACCCUGACCCUUACACUCCUCCAGAGGAUCUCAGUAAACUCAUUGGUCAUGCUCCUCUAGGAGAGCUGCCUACUAUAGAAGAAGCAUUACAGAUCGUUCACACUGGCCGUGUGGUACACAACGAGCCGCGUCUGCGGCCAGAGGGGGCACCAUCUGGCUUUUACCUCCACUCCCAAAAUGAGGGUGGAGCCAAACUCAGCAGCUCUGCUCCCUGCCGGUCAGGGAUUAUGUAUCGACCCAUUGGAGGAGGGCCUGAUAACAGCGGGAACCACAAACGGCAAGAUGGAGGUUCAGAAUGUGCCACGCCUGACUCUCCCAAAACCUCCAGCCCAGCCAACGGACCCAAGUCUGGCCGCAUGACAAACUUUGCUGAGCGCAGAAAAAUGAUGCCUGAAUCCCCAAGCAAUUCCAGGUCCCAGGAGCGGGAACCUUUGUUCAGCCCUGCAGCAAUGAGCCCUGUUGGGGCAAUGGAGGCGCAGGAGCUGGGUGCACGUCUGGAGGAGAAGCGGAAAGCAAUUGAAGCUCAAAAGAGGAGGAUUGAGGCCAUCUUUACCAAGCACAGGCAAAGGCUGGGCAAAACUGCCUUCCUUCAGCUCCAGAAGAAACAAGAGGGAGAGGUGGAGGAAGAUGGACAGUCCAUCUCUCUGGAUGAACGACUCACACAAAUGGAGCAGCAGCUUCAACAAGUGGAGGACAGAGAGAAGGAGGAGGAGAAAAGAAAGCAGGAAGAGGGGAAGAGAGAAAAGGAUGGGGAGGAGAAGAAGAGUGAUGUAGUAGCUCCACCAAAACUAGAGAAACAGGUGACCUUUUCUGUUGAGGCAAAGAAAGAGGAGGGGAAAGAGCCACCGUUGGGGGAAUAUAACGAGGCAGUAGCUAAGCUAAGCUCCACCCUGGAGACUCUGCAAAGAGACAUGCAGCGCCUUACAGAACAGCAGCAAAGGCUCAUGGGAAAGAAAACUUUGAGUUCUCCAAAAAACAUCCCCUCAAGCAAGACCUCAGCAUCCAGCAAGGCCUGGAUUAUUCCAUCUGGUCCCAAAUCCCCCGCUACACCACCUCAUCUUUCUAGAGACUCCACUCGCAUCAUUUCACCCUCUGGCUCUCCAUCACGCUCUGGACAACUUUCAGACACACCGAGAUCCCCUAAAAGCUCUGCAGCAUCCACCCCUCGUAGAUCCCGUAGUUCUGCUCCCAAGAGUCCUAGGCGUCAACGACCCUCCCGCCCCACGGACCUUGGCUUCCAGCCUAUCACACGUGUCCUAACACCGCCGCAGAAUGUGGACACCCUUCCCCAUUUGCGCAGAGUCUCUCCAAGCCAGUGUCAGGUGCAGACCAGCUCAUCUCUGCGGCUCGGAGGUCCGUACACCCCACUGGACUCUUCACCCCAACCUGCCCCUGCUCAAGAGAACACAUCAGAGUCAGGCUCCAGUGACCACAACACUCCAAUCUUCAGUCUUGAGCUAGAGGCUGGACCUCCGUCUGCACUCCCAGCGGAGCUGUUAGGAGGAGCAGGCAGCUCUGGAGCUCCAUCAGAGUGCUCGUUUGAAAGUGACUUGCUUUUGAGCAGUGCCCCCGUGAAAGACGAGACGGAGGGUGCCGGAACGAUGGGAGAUGACACCGAUUUAGAGCAGGGUGCAGAAAUAUUCUCAUCAGAUUCCAUGAGUGACCAGACUGAGAGUGAGAGCCGGCUGGGACUUGAUGUGUUUUUUAAGGAGGAGGGUCUCUCGGAGGAGGAGAUGGCCCAGAAAAGGGCCCUGCUGUUGGAACGACAGCAAAGACGAGCACAAGAGCUCAAGAGACGAGCAAGACAAGGGCAGGACCCUGAGAACAGUCAACAGGCUUCCUUGGAAGACCUGCGACCGCAAACUCCACUGCUAUCACAGUCUCUGCCCACCUUUUACACCCCACCUCCUCAUUUGAAUGCAACGCCCCCAGGCACGCCCCAGCGCUGGGGAGCAUUCACACGGGCGGAGUAUGAACGGCGCCAUCAGCUGAAGAUAAUGGCUGAUCUAGGGAAGGUUCUCAAACAGAAACCAACAAAGCAAAGUGGCAAAAAGCAGCAUGCAAACAAACCACAUAACCACGAGCUCAUUCACACACGCUCACCUGGGAAGAGCAGCACAGCCAACCAGAAAGAUGGCAGAUCUCUACCAGCUGUAAAACCAGCAAGUCGUUUAGAGUCACCCUCAAAGGUGAUGUCAUCAGGACUGCUGGCCAGUCAGAAUGGAGAGAAAGACUGUGAACAAGCCUCCAACGCCUCCUCUCCAGCAUCACUCCCAGAAUACACAGGUCCUAAAUUGUUUAAGGAGCCCAGUUUUAAAUCCAACAAGUUCAUCAUUCACAGUGCGCUCUCACGCUGCUGCCUUGCUGGCAAAGUCAACGAAUCCCAGAAGAACAAGAUCAUCGAGGAGAUGGAGAAGAGCUCCGCCAGUCACUUUCUGAUCCUCAUGCGUGAUUCCAACUGUCAGUUCCGUGCCAUCUACACCCUAGACGGCCAGUCAGAGGAGCUGCACCGACUCUGCGGCGUUGGUCCACGGGUCAUUUCCUCAUCAGCUGUGGAAGCCAUUUAUAAAUACAGUUCUGAUAGGAAACAGUUCAAUACACUUCCAUCCCGCACUCUGAGCAUGAGCGUCGACGCUUUCACUAUCCCUGGCCAGCUCUGGAACACUAAGAAACAUGGCACGCCCAAAAAAGUAGCCACUCCCAAAUAGACUCAGACCACUUAACCCAGGGGUGUCCACACUCAGUCCUGGAGGGCCGGUGUCCUGCAAAGUUUAGUUCCAAGCCCAAUCAGACACACCUGCGCUAGCUUAUCAAGCUCUUACUAGGCUUUCUAGAAACAUCCAUGCAGGUGUGCUGAGGCAAGUUGGAGCUAAAAUCUGCAGGACACCGGCCCUCCAGGACAGAGUUUAGACACCCCACACUUAUUUAGAUAAAACUCUCCAGCUAAAACAGUCCCUCCUACAAAGUACACGCCCAGGUUGACUCAGGUGCAACAAGUACAAACCCCUUCCCACCCUCAAAAGAAGACACACCCUAAUAGACCCCGCCCACUUAAACAGACCACACUCACUUAGAUAGGAGUCCCACCCACCAUUUAACCACACCCAGACUGACUCUUCCCACUCAAAUGAUGCACAUGCCCAGAUAAACUCACCCCAUCUAGAUAUAAACCACUGCCUCCAAGUUAAACCAGUGCUGCAAGUUAACCCCACCCACAAAAGUAGCCACACCCAAAUAGACUCCACCCAUUUUAACUGACCACACUAAUUUAGUGAAAAAGAACUGCCCCACUCACAAUGUAGCCACACCUAGACUGACUCCACCCACUCAAGAUGAUCUCUGCCCCCUUAGAUAAGCCACUCCCUUCAAGAGGAACCAAUGCUACAAGUAUGAAGUAGACACACACAAAUAUUCCCCACCAACCCAAAUUUACCACUCCCUCCCUCCCAGAUAAACCACUCCCUCUGAUAUAAACCCCUCCCCCUCAAAUCUUCCCACCCUACUCAAAGAAGCCCACAGUAAGUGCCAUCCCUCUUAUUAAACGUGUUACCAGCACCAGACACACAACACAAACUAUCUCUACAACGAGGUGUGCUGAGCUGCCUAUUUAUGAUCAGCCAGAAGGAUCUGUUUUCUUACUCUGCAUGAUAGACGAACCUGGAGGUUUUCACACCAUGAGAGACCACACGUGUCCUGUUUGCAUGUGAACCUUCGGUUCAGGCCAAAUGUUUGUGGGUUGGUCCACCAACUGAGCACUUGAAGCUUUUAUCUCUGACUCUUAUGGUCUAUAUUCUCUUCUCUUA